CAACAACAACAACAACAACUUUUGACAUAAGUUGGUUACUUUACCGAACCGCGGCUAAACAUGUAGAAGGAACAAUUUAUUGAGUCUAACAUUUGUUUAGAAAUGAGGUGUGUGGUAUUAUUUGUGUGAAGAUUUGAUACAUUGUAAGAAUGGGGAAACUUCUGGUACUGUAUCUCACACUAGAACAGGAAACAGCCAUACACCAGCUGUUUUCUAGAAGAGAUUGGACAGUCAUUAAUCUUGGGACUUUUUUAUCUGAAAAGUUAGAGAAUGAAAUGCUGUGUGCCUGGGAACAGUCUAAAAAGAAAACAACUGUUGCUGCUGAUACAAAAACUAAAAAAGAAUCUUUUGAGAAACCUGUUAUUCCUAAUAUAGAUGGCACUGCUGCAGAUGAGAGCAGACUACUUCAGGCUGAAACUAAGGCAUUGGUAAUCACUGGAACACAUAAAACAGAAUCUGAUGAUGUAAUUCAUAGUGGAGACACUGUGAAGGCAAGCACCGAACCUUGCAAAAGAGGAUCUGAUGAUGUAGCUCAUAGUGGAGACACUGCAGAAGCAAUCACUGAACCUUGCAGGAUAGAAACUGAUGAUGUUAUUUUUAGUAUAAAUACUGCAGAGGUAAGAAUGAAAAGGAAGCCAUUAGAUAAUCAAAUUAUUACAGAAAAGAAGAGCAGAAAACCAAGAAGGAAGAGAAAUACAAUUCAGAUCAAGACAUUAAAUCUCAGAUCCAGAAAUUUAAACAUUGAGUCGGAAUUUAGAGAAAAUGCUAAAGUGGAUAGAAAUCAGAAAAUGUCAAAUAUAGAUAUCAAUAAUGUACAUGUCAAACAGACCAAAUCUUUGCAACCCAUGGUGAGUUAUCAGAACAAAGAAAAACACACAGAUCAGAUAAAAGGAAGUAAUGAUGAAGGUAAUAAACAGUACAGUCCUGAAACUUUAACUGAAAAGCUAGAUGAAAGCAUUGAGCACAAAGAUGUAACUGAUAGAAGCAAAAAUAAGUUUGGUAAGACAGACAAUAAUCAAGAAAUAGAGCUUCUGGCAAAGGAUGCAAAGAAAGGUUGGAAAUGUGAUAAAUGCAGCUAUAGAACAAAUGUUCGCAGCAACCUCAACAGGCAUGCCAGAGAGAUCCAUUCGGGUAUAAGACAUAGAUGCUCUAAAUGUAACAAGACAUUUAAAGGGAAACAUGAUGCUAAAAUGCAUGAGUUGUACGGGCAUAAUUCUGGCCUCCAAUGCAAGGAAUGUGAUAAAACAUUUUCCUCCAUGAGCGGCCUACGUAAUCAUGUGAAAAUUAUACAUAAGAAUAGCACCUUGUAUAAGUGUGAACAUUGUGAUAUGAAAUUUUACUACAAGUCGCAUUAUUUAGGGCAUGUUAAUAAGCAUUUAGAUGUGAAGCCAUAUUCAUGCAAAACUUGCCAGAAACCAUUUCGUUACAAGGUAGCGUGUCAUUUACAUGAGAAGACAUGUUGCAGUGAAAACUAUUAUAUUACCCAUAAUCCUGAUGGUAGCCUGAAGGAGGCAGUCAAGUGUAAAUUUCUCUGUGAUAUAUGUGGCCUAGAAUUGACCAGCAAGUCCAGUUUGAAGAUGCACCACUAUUACACUCACUCGGAUGAUACAACUACUGUCUGUUCACUUUGUGGCAAAUCUUUUAAAGGAACAUACAGCUUACAGCGUCAUAUGAGAAAUGCCCAUGAAGAUACUGGUGUUCGAUAUACAUGCCCAGAGUGCAAGAAGGAAUUUUCUCAGCAACAGAUCUUUAAACAACAUUUGAAAAUCCAUAAGAAAGCAUACACGUGCUUCUGUGAAACUUGUGGUAAGGGGUUUCUAUCAAAGUUUAAGAUGAUGGAACACGCACGGACGCACACGGGGGAAAAACCGUUUUCCUGUCCUCACUGUUUAACUUAUAAAUCAGCAACCAAGACUAAUCUCCAGAAACAUAUGAGAAUACAUGACGAGAGUAGGUUACCUAGGCAACAACCAAAAAAGAAGAGAAAACGAGAAUCAGUUGUCCCCAAGGAGAAAAGUGUUUUAGUUGACAAACUGUAUGAUCAAGCAAAAACUGUUGAAGGUUGUACAAAAAAUGCAGAUAGUUAUAUAGAGCCUAUUUAUGUCUCUUUACAAAUGUCUACUGGUUCUUAUGUGAGAACGCUAGAGAAUAAUCUAGGUCAAAGUAAAUACACAAAUCUUGACUCGGUGUCUGUGGAUAAUGACAGUAUAAGAUAUGGUACACAAUUUUAUGACCAUUCAUAUAUGGAAGAGCAGAGUAUAAGUCAACAGCAAGACCAAGACAAUUUUACAAUGAGAACUCAACAGAUUGGUGAAGAUCAGAUUCCUAACAGUUUCGAAAUCAGAAAUAUGCAGAGACCUGAACUUGAAAAUAAACAAAGAAGUGAAACCAAUAUGCACAGUAAAGACAUAGUGAAGAGCGGUUGCCAGAAUAACUAUGAGAUAAACAGUCAUUGUGAUGGUUACUAUGGUAAUGACUCUAGCAGUGAACCAACCGAGCUGUCUCAAGGUCUUAACAUUUUAACAGUUGCAAUGAAUAUUGUUAACCCUAGUCAGUACUGAAAGGUUUGAUUUUAUAUUAUUCCAAGUUGCAGGAGAUGUUCAGUUGUUAGCUGUAUGGAGUGCUAUCCUACUCGGCCUUUCAUCCUUUCAAAGAAGAUCUCAUGAAAAAUAUGGCCUCUAGAGAGGUCACAAGGUUUUUCUAUUUUUAUCCCUACUGGCCUAGUUUUUGACCGCACGUGACCCAGUUUCGAAACUGACCUAGAUAUCAUCAAGGUGAACAUUCAGAUCAAUUUUGAUGAAGAUCCAUUGAUAUCUAGAUAAAUUUCAAAACAGGGUCACGUACCUUCGAAAACUAGGUCAAAUAAUAGAAAAACCUUGUGACCUCUCUAGAGACCAUAUUUUUCAAUGGAUCUUCAUGAAAAUUGGUCAGAAUUUUUAUCUUGAUAAUAUCUAGGUCAAGUUCAAAACUGGUCAUGUGGGAAGAGGUGAGCGAUUCAGGACCAUCAUGGUCCUCUUGUUAGUCUUUUGCUCUGAAAAAUGAUCAAUAUUUUGCUUCUUUUAUGUAAUUAUAUUGAAAUGUUAUGCGAAAUGUAAGAAAAUGGAUGAUGGUAACUGAUGUGAUUGGGAAUAUAGUUGGCUGAAAGGUAACUUAUUACGGUCAUUUACAAAUAAAAAUUGGGCAGUUUGAUUUGUUAUACCUAUUUCCCAGUUUCCAUUGAUAAUUUGUUACUUAAAUACUAAAACUAAGCUCUAAAAUUGUUCAAAUUUCAGUAAAAAAUUGUGGUGUCUUGAAUUAAAUUGAUGUUACCAUGGGGACAAGGCCCGUGACCUAUAUGUCUAAUUGUAAAAUUCAAAAGCUUUGACACUGGUCUAUUUAAGGAACACAGCUUCGUCUUUUUAUUUUCAUUUCAACAAUAUCCAUGAGAAUAAUAGCAGCAUGCAGAACGGUUUUUCAAUAAAAAUGUCAGACGACGGGCACUGCUGUAAGUAUUUUAAACUGUGAAAUUUGUUAAAUUAACUGCAAUUCAUACGAAAAUAUUACUAACGUUAGAAAUAAGAUGGUUUAAAGCUACAUUAAGAAGAAAGAUAAUUUUAUAUAAUAUUGUUUUAUAAGAAAUUACAAUAAAAAGCAACAUAUAAGCUAUUUUAAACAUCUCUGUUGCCAUGGUUACUCUAAACUUUAAGAAAAACAUAGUACUAUGUAAAGUUCUUGGUAUUUUGCUAAUCAUAUUACCCAAAUAUUCCAUGUUGGUCAAUAACAGAAUGUCACUGAAACCGUCGAAAAACCUGUUUUCAUACAUAAUUGUUGAAAAAUGAGAGAAAAUGCGUUACCAUGGAAACACGAGCCCCGCGACAUAUACAUUUUAAGCUUUUAUUAGAAAGCUAAUGCGCAUACUAGUAAAACUAUUAAUUAUGCAGACUUCUACGGAUAACAAUGAAACCAAAAUACACUGAAAAGUGUUAAAUAUCUGUAUUUUCCUUCUUCUUUCUAUAUAAAAUACCUUAAGAGGGUCAUGUACUUCAAACCUGGAUAAAAAUUGUACUUGAAGGGACAGAGAUAAACGGAACUGAGAUUGUAGCAGUUAAAACAUUAAAUUACACGAAAUACAAAAAAUCACUGCGGUUCAACUAAUUUGAAUUUACCCUGGUAACAAGGUAACCUACCUCCUUAAAGGGAUACUCGGGUGUUUUUUAGCUUGUCUGAUUUUUGAAAAAGUUUAUGAGGUAUCGUCUUCCUUUGAUCAUCAGCGUUGGCGUUUGUUAAAAUUUUUGUUUAAGUCCACCUUUUCUCAAAAACUGUUAGGGCUGCAGCUUUGAAACUUUGCACACUUGUUUAUCAUCAUUAAGUGACUGUGUCAGCCAAGAACCAUAACUCUGAUAUGCAUUUUGUCAAAAUUAUGGCCCUUUUUGUACUUAGAAAAUUUUAGUUUCUUGGUUAAAAUUUUUGUUUAAGUCCACCUUUUCUCAAAAACUGUAAGUGCUACAGCUGUGAAACUUUGCACACUUGUUUAUCAUUAUUAUCAUUUUUAUGCCCCCAGCAUCUACUGAUGCGGGAGGCAUAAAGUGAUUGUCCUGUCCGUCCGUACGUACGAGGUUAACCAAAUGGGACCGUUUCGUCUAGCAUCAAUACCCCUUACUAGAAUGACUUGAUACUGAUGCAGAUGUAACCUGUGACCAUUCCUCAUCUUCAUACAUCACCUGACCUCAGUUUGACCUUGACCUCAUUUUGGACUUAGGUUGCUUUAUAUGGGCCAUCUCUUGGUUAACCAAAUGGGACCAUUUCGUCUAGCAUCAAUACCCCUUACUAGAAUGACUUAAUACAAAUGCAGAUGUACCCUGUGAUCAUUCCUUAUCUUCAAAUAUCACCUGACCUCAGUUUGACCUUGACCUUGACCUCGUUUUGGACCUCGUUUUGGCAAAAUCUAUUGACAAGGAUGCCACUAGGGGCAUAAAGCGUUUAUUGAACGCAGCUCCUUGUUUUGUUCAAAAGUUCCUAAAGUAAGCCUUACCUCCUAUGUAACAUGGAGAAACAUUAAAAUGGAAAACAUUACAUGUGUAUAUAAUUCUGGAUGGACAUACUUCUGAUCACGCCAGAACGUCCAAAUAUGGAAAAUAAAGAUCAAAGGUAAAUAUUCAUGAUUUUCUUGAAUUCACCUAUGAAAUGAAAUUGUGAAAAUUAGCGAAAUUUGAAAAUUAAGAAUAUUUCCAAAUUUACAUUGUUUCCUUUGACAUUACAGUUUUAUUUGAUGCACUUUCACUCUAUCUCUGUUAUUAAUACAUGGAUUAUACUCAAAGGUAAAAUAGUUGUUUCAUGUCAUUACCCAAAACCAGAUGACUGGCAGAAAUUUUCUGUAAAUUAUGCCCCUUUUUAGCUCAUCUGAACUUCGUUCAGGGUGAGCUAUUAGUAUAGGUGGAUAGUGCGGCAUCCAUCGUCAGUCAGUCAUUGUCCAUCAUCAGUCGUCCUGCUUCAGUAAUUAUACUUUAAACAUCUUCUCCUCUGAAAGUACUGGUCAGCAUUACUACAAACUUGGUCAGUAGCAUCCUCGCACCUUGACCUUAGAGCUAGGGGUCUGGGUUUUGUGCAUGACAUGUCUCAUUAUGGGGAACAUUUAUGCCAAUUCCCUUGAUGAAUGGCAGAGUUAUGGACCACACAAGAAACAGACCAUGUUAACCUUUAACCUCUAAGUGUGACCUUGACUUUGGAGCUAGGGGUCUGGAUAUUGUGCAUGACACAUCGUCUAAUUAUGGUGAACAUUUAUGCCAAAUUAUUGAUAUAAAUCCCUUCAUGGUUGGCAGAGUUAUCAACUGGAAACUAAACAGACCCUGUGUUAACCUUUAACCUCCAAGUGUGACCUUGACCUAGGAACUAAGGGUCUGGGGUCUGGAUCAUGCGCAUGGGGUCUGGAUCAUGCGCAUGACACAUCAUGUCAUUAUGGUGAACAUUUAUGCAAAGUAAUUUCAAAAUCCCUUUAUAGGGCAUAAAAAGCUUUGAAAUGAAGGCAAAUGCCCAUUUAUUUCUCAGAAAUAGAUAUAUUGACAAUAUAUUAACCCAAGGCAUAGAGUUAUGAUCAUUUAAAAUUUUCAUAUAAAAGAAAAGUUUGUGAUCAAGGAAAUGUAAUUCUUCUUUAACAUGUAGAGCAGAAACAUCAAAGGGACAUAAUAUUUUGAAUAUUUUCUAUUUUGGUGCAAUUGAUUUAACAUUCAGCUGUGAUCUGGAUUGCUAAAUAAUGAUCCAUGAUACUGUUUGCUAUAAAUAUAGAACAUCUGGAACAGUCUGAUAACAGCAAAAAAAAAUGCUUGUAGCAGAAUGCAAAUAUUUAAGCUCUGGCCGGAACUCAAACCCUGGACCUCUCACACCUAAGGCAGAUACUCUGCCACUUCCCUAUAACAGCAGUAACUAUAGUUAGGUAAUUUUGGUGCACCCCUAUUCUCUUUGUGAACUGGAACAAUUUUGUGACAAAAACAUGUUUUGUUUACUCGGGAUUAUUGGUGUAUUUGCUGUGUUACCUAACAGCAAUUUCCAUGUAAAGAAAAAACAUAAUCUAAUUUUGUCAACAUUUUAAUUUGUCAAAACUGUCCGAAUUUUUCUGAUGUGUUUCUUAGAGUAUGAACUUACUAAACUGGUAGUACCAGUGAAAUAUAACUUGCACUGAAUCUUUUAUAUUUGCCCUUUAAGCAGCUGGCGAACGGCAAAGACAAUGAGCUUUGUCCAAAUUUAGGCAAUCAUUUUACAAGUUUUGAGAGAAUUUUAAUUGAUAGGAAAUUACAGUUACAAACUAAAUAUCUAUCUGCAACACACAGUCAUUAGCACUCACUGUCAAUCAAUACUAUGACUAAGAUGGACUGUCAUUCGAUAAUCCCAAUGAUUCAUAGACAGAGUCCAUUAUUUACAUUUUUAAUUCUUAAAACCACUAUAUUUUGAAAAUUUGAUGGUGAUUUGAUAUCUCUAAUCAGUAAUAAUACAAAGAUUCCUACAAACAAACCAAGUUUGGUGUGAUUCAGACCAGUCAGCAGGUGUUUAAGUGAAAAUAUGUAAAAAGUUAUUGCGGAAAUAAUCUAUGUGAACACAUUACUGAUUCCAUCUACACUUCACCCUGGUUGCAGUCAAACAGGUAUAUUGAAUUCUUUAAUUUAUUUUGUUUCAGUAAAUCUAUUUAAGUGACAGGCUUUAGUUAUAUAUAUCUGAAUUAGACUAUAAGUUUUACAUUUCCUUUUUACUAACUAGUAUGUUUUUGUCCAGUCUACAUUUUUAUAGCGAAAUACUCUCCACUGGGACUUGAACCCAGACCUCUUCCUACAUGGUGUAAGAAGCAUUCUUACAUUGAACUAUGGAGAGGAAAGCUAAAUGUUGUAAAACUGGAAAAUACAAUAUUUUGGCAUAUUUUAUCUGUAAUCAGAAUAAUUUUAUAUACAUUUUAAUGACAAAGUGAAAAUGUAUGGUUAAGCCUAUUUUCCUUCAACUAUUUUAUUUCAAGAAAUUGAGAAUCCUGAAAUUAAUUCAGAAUUAAAAGUCUUCAACUAAGUGCAAGUUUUUGCAAUUACUGAUAAUAUGUAAUUAUUUUAAAAUAGAAUGAGAGUAUUAUUACUUCUUAAAUAGGGCCUACUUAAAAUCUAUAUUAUGCAGCGUUUUAAAAUCUUUUCGAGAACUGGCACUUGUCAAAUUAGGAAUAGUUCAGUUGCAAAGUCAUGUUACACUGGUAAAAUUGAGUUGUAAGAACAAACAAAUUGGACAUUCUGAUGGGUUUUUUUUGACAAUGAAGAACAGAAGGAAAAGCUGUUAACUGCAGUGCAUCAGACAUGAAUAUUUUCUACAAGAAGUGGGCAAAGUGCAAUGUAGUUUGAAACUUUUUUGAAUAAACUAAAGUUAAAUGUUUUUUUUAACUCUUGAUAAUAUAUAUCUGAAGUAACUAUUAACAUGGUAGAUUUAAUGGAAACAGAAACAUCACUUGAGCGCUGACUUAAACAAGAGGGCCAAGAUGGCCCUAGGUCGCUCACCUGAGAAACACACCAUAAUAGUGUAAACAUGUUUGACCUAGUGAUUUCAUGGAAACAGAUAUUCUGGCCAAUUUUCAUUAAGCUUGGACCAAAAAUGUGGUCUGUUGAGUUUAAACAAGUAUUUUCUUAGAUAUGACCCAAUGACCUAGCUUUUGACCCCAGAUGACCCAUAUUCAAACUUUAUCUAGAUGUUUUCAAGGCAAUCAUUCUGACCAAAUUUCAUGAAAAUCAAUUGAAAAAUACAGUCUCUAUCGCAUACACAAUGUUUUUCUUUGAUUUGACCUAGUGACCUAGUUUUUGACCCCAGAUAAAUCACAUUCAAACUCGACCUAGAUUUCAUCAAGGCAAUUAUUCUGACCAAAUUUCGUGAAGACCAAUUGAAAAAUACAGUCUCUAGUGCAUACACAAGGUUUUUCUUCGAUAUGACCUAGUGACCUAGUUUUUAUCCCCAAUGGCCUAUAUUCAAAUUUUACCUAGAUUUCAAUAAGGCAAUCAUUCUGAAUAAAUUUCACGAAGACCAAUUGAAAAAUACAGCUUCUAUCGCAUACACUAGGUUUUUCUUAAAUUUGACGUAGUGUCCUAGUUUUUAACUCCAGAUGACCCAUUUUCGAACUUGACCUAGAUUUCAUCAAGGCAGUCAUUCUGACCAAAUUUCAUGAAGAUCAGUUGAAAAAUACAGCCUCUAUCGCAUACACAAGGUUUUUCUUUGAUUUGACCUAGGGACCAAGUUUUUGAACCCAGAUGACCCAUUUUCGAACUUGGCCUAGAUUUCAUCAAGAUUAUCAUUCUGACCAAAAUUCAUGAAGAUUCGGUGUAAAAUGCCGUUCAUAUUGCAUACACAAGCUUAUUUCUUUGAUAUGACCUAGUGACCUAGUUUUUGACCCCAGAUGAUCUAUUUUGGAACUUGACCUAGAUUUCAUCAAUGAAUCAUUCUACGUAAAUUCAUGAAGAUCAAUUGAGAAAGACAGGUUCUAUCACGUAUGUGUCUUAUCAGUUUAUCUGCACUGUGUGCAUAGGUGUAUACAAGGUUUUUCUUUGAUUUGACCAAGUGACCCAUUUUCGAACUUGGCCUAGAUUUCAUCAAGAUUAUCAUUCUGACAAAAUUUCAUGAAGAUCAGUUAAAAAUACAGCCUCUGUCGCAUACACAAGCUAAAUGUUAACAGACAGACAGACAGACAGGCGCCGGACGCCGGACAUCGAGCGAUCACAAAAACUCAAGUGAGCAUUGCUUAGGUGAGCUAAAAAGCAAAUCUGAAUUUCAACGAACUUCUGUAUGGAUGGAAUCAUAUUAUUAUUAUUAUUAUUAUUAUACCAGAUUUAUAUAGCGCCCUUUUCAUGAUCAAUUUCACGUUCAAAGGCGCUUUACAUAGUUCAAAUGCAGCCACACAGGGCGCAUAAUUCAUCCUCUACUAGUACAGACACAGAGUGAUCUGACCAGAGGGACAGAGUGAGACAAAGCCCCCACGACAGAGAGAUCAGAAAUCAGAUACAGGCUUGUCCGGCUAACUUAGCCUAGCUCGUUGCGAAUAGACAGCCUGGUUCUUUAACGUGCCGAGUAUAUAGCACUGAUACACGCAAGGAUUGCCUGGGUUCCUGUCCUUAAAAGUUAUUUAUUCAGCCUAAACAUUGUACAGUUGUGAAUUUUUAAGACCUGAACUUGAAGGACAUUGCCUUGUAAACAAGUAAUAAAUCAGAUUGUCCUAUCAUCUGAAGAUUAAAAAAAAUCUUACAUGGA